AUGAAAGAAGUCUUAUCUCAAGGAUACGGGUACGGAUUUGCUCUUGGCCUCGGUUCCGCAUUUGCUAUCAUCAUGAUUUCCCUUUCGUGGGGUUUGAAAAGAUAUGCUGGAGAAGUUCAGAACUCUGAACAUUUUUCCACAGCAUCGCGUUCAGUGAAAUCAGGUCUCAUUGCUUCAUCGACAGUUUCAGCUUGGACAUGGCCCGCUACUAUUUUGACUUCUGGAGCAUGGGCUUACGAAUUUGGUAUUGGAGGUCCCUUCAUGUACGCCUGUAUAGGUACAUUUCAAGUGUUUCUUUUCGUGCUCCUUGCCAUCGAAAUUAAGCGAAAUGCACCAGGGUGUCACACGGUUGCACAGCUCUUGUAUGUUCGUUUCGGUAAAUGGGGACAUAUUUGUUAUUUGUGCUACUGCAUUAGUACUAACAUUUUGGUUUCAUCGUUGCUUUUACUUGGUGGUAGUCAAGCUUUUUCAGCCGCUACUGGAAUGCAUGUAGUUGCAGCUUCACUUUUAUUACACUUGGAGUUUGUGUUUAUACCCUUGUUGGUGGGUUGA